AUGGCAGCAUUUCCUUACCAACCGCAAACCCAAUGCAUCACCAGCAAUGACCAUCGUAUUCUCACCACCGCAUUCCUAUGCAAACCAAUGUCCUUCUCCACGACCUGCCGCAUCCGUCGCCAGAUAUCAGAAACAGCGCAAGACCCUGAGCCACAGAAGAAGACUGACAGUGAUCCGCGGAUUAACGAUUUGGGACGAGCAAUCGAGGAUGAUUUUGCCACUAUCAGAGCGAACUACGAUACUCCCAAAUACCCGAUAGUUCUCGCCCAUGGCCUCUUGGGCUUCGAUGAGCUGCGACUCGCGGGCACUCUCCUUCCUGGGGUUCACUACUGGCGUGGCAUCACAGACGCCAUGCGUGCCAACGGCAUGGAGGUCAUCACUGCAUCUGUCCCUCCCUCGGGCAGCAUCGAAGAACGCGCCCUCAAACUCGGGCAGGAUAUAGCUGCUAAGGCAAAUGGGAAGAGCGUCAACAUCAUAGCACAUAGCAUGGGUGGCCUGGACGCACGCUACAUGAUCUCGCGCCUCAAGCCUGACAACGUCAAAGUGCUCUCCUUGACAACAGUAGCCACGCCACACCGAGGCUCCUCGUUCGCCGACUUCGUGUUUCAAGAGAUCGGGCCGGCGUACGUGCCGCGCGUUUACAAGGUCGUUGAGAAAUUCGGCAUGGGGACGGGAGCGUUUCAGCAGUUGACGCGCAAGUACAUGACAGAGGAGUUCAACCUCAAAACGCCAGAUGCGCCUGGGGUAAGGUAUUUCUCGUACGGAGCCACCUUAGACCCGAGUCUGUGGAGUGCCUUUAGACAGACGCAUCGGAUCGUAGAGAAUAGAGAAGGCGCGAAUGAUGGGUUGGUGAGCGUGGAGAGUGCGAGGUGGGGGACGUAUAAAGGGACGCUGGUAGGGGUUAGUCAUUUGGAUUUGAUUAAUUGGACAAACAGGCUGCGAUGGGUGGUGUGGCAGGUUUUGGGAAAUGAGAGGAAAUUCAACGCUAUUGCCUUUUACUUGGACAUUGCGGAUAUGCUGGCUAAAGAGGGCCUGUAA